AUGGCUGAACGCCACUAUCCGGCCUAUCCCCCGGGUAGGGCGGCCACAUACCAACCUGCGAGAGCGACGACGCCCUCUACCGCCGGAUACAACCCCGUGUAUCCUGGCGAUAUCCAUUAUCAUGCUGCGGGCACCCGUCAUCCUACCGGCGGCGCUCCUUCCUCGAGAUAUCACCAUCACACCGCAUCUUCCGUAUCGCGGGGUCCUCCCGGAACUGCCCCUUAUCCCGGCACAAAUGACCCCCUGCGCCGACCUCGAGAUCCCGAUCCUGCCCCGGCGUCCGCGACGGCUCCUCCUCUCACCUCCACCCGCGGGCGCCGCUCUUCUACCAUCGAUUCGACCCACCCCCGCCCCAUCAUCAUAACCACUACCCAGCCAAGUGCUCGACCCCAUGGCCAUGGGUCAUCGCGACCUCGUUCUCGCAGUCCCUCUCGACCCGAAUAUCGCACCUCGUCGGCCAUUCGCUCCAAUAGCGUAAGUCGCCAGCCACCUGGGUCCGCUCAGCCGUUGUACAGCCCAACCUUUGAUAGCAAUGACGAGGAAUACAUGUCCCGCUUCAGAGGGCCUGAUAUCGUGCCCGCAUCCUCCCGCGCAGAGGCGUACAGAAACUCCCGUCCCACCGUCGUCUACCCGAGCAAUCCUCGCCACUCGGCCAUUGACCUUGGUGAUGAUUAUGGAUAUACAAAGCCUGGCGAGCUCUUGCAAUACGAUCUUGAACACCCCAAGCAAUCCCAACCCCAUAGGAGACAUGAUAGCUUCGAUCACUAUGCGCGCCCCAACAUCUACUACAACCCUGAACGCCGUGGCUUUAGUAUCGAGACGAACCGUACCUACGAGCCGGCUCCCGGCUUAGGCAAGUCCGAAAGUCGGGGUGGACCUCCACCCACAACCUGGGGACUCGACAAAUUAAACAGGAGCUCUACCGCGUACGACCUCGUCCCUCCACCGGCUCCCAUCCCCCACCAGCUCUUCGUGACCCUCCGCCCCCAAGUCCACGGGAGCCGCGAGAGCCGCGAGAGCGGCGGGGAUCAAACAGGCACGCUCGGCCUGUUUCACUUUAUCAAGAGAUACCGCCUAGGCCUGCGCAGGACGAUGAUUUCUAUCGCCCGCGAGAUGAAUCUCGCCGCCGUGGAGAGCACCGGCCCGGAGAGCACCGGCCCUAUGAAGAUCCGGGUCGACACCACCUCGAUGACGAGGUUUACGUGGAUGGGAAUGUUCGAGCGCGCGGCUUCGGUAUUCGGACCGAGGCCGACGUAUCUCCCGAACCUGACGAGAGGUGGGAGCGGCGCGAAAGGGAUCGUGGUCGGCGUGAAUACGUCGACCCAGCGCCUCCCCUUGCGCAGGUCAGACGACGACAUGGAUCAAGAUUGGGAUCACAUCGAAAAACGAGAGCUUGACGAUAGGCAUGAGCGGCGGAGGAGUAGGCAGCGUCCUGUUGUCAGGGACAGCGAGGUACCAUUACCACCUCCUGCUCAAGAAGGGGAGCCGGAAUCAGGAAAGAGGCUCCGAGAUAAUCUCAAGGCUGGCCUAGGCAUCGCUGCAACCGCAAUCGGCCUAGGGCCCAUGGUAAAUAAAGAACCCAAAGAGGGCCGGGAGGCGGAAACUAGGGACAAGGAGAGGCGGGAAUCGCCCGAGAAGAGAGACCGAGAGCGCGCCGCGAGGAGGGCGUCGGACGAGCUAGACCGCCACGGAUCGUCAUCAGACGAGGUUGAGAUCAUAAGCGCGCGCGCCUCGGACCGUCGUCGAGCGCGGGAAAAGGUAUAUCUACCCAAGGAGCGCAAAGAGCGCGUUGAUAUUCCCGAACGAUCACCCGCCAAAGAUGGCCGACAGGACACUGGAUCACCACCCCUUGCCUCCGAGGGUAGCGCAAGGGCCGCUCGCGGCUCUCCCCGAUAUCAAAAGAAGCUUGCCGCUUUAAACGUGAACGGCAAGCAGGAUAAGGAUAAGGACAAGGCUGUCGUCAUGGACCCCCGGCGAGGGGUCGCGGUCCGACCCCUACUCCCAUG